GUGGCGUCAGCGCGUCUGUAGGUCCUGCGGGGCUGGCAGCUUGAAGGGUGGAGUAGAAGGGUGGAUGGGGCCCGCGUACCCCUAGACACGCCGUGCUGUCCUAGUCGAGAUGUUUCCGUGGGUGCGGGCUGCGGGGGAGAAGCUGAAGCAGCGACUAAGACUAGAUUUGGGGCGAGAGAUCUGUCGCCAGUACCCGCUCUUCUGCUUCCUGCUUCUUUGCCUCUGCGUGGCUUCCCUGCUCCUCAACAGGUAUCUUCAUAUUUUAAUGAUCUUCUGGUCAUUUGUGGCUGGAGUUGUCACUUUCUACUGCUCAUUAGGACCGGAUACUCUUUUGCCAAAUAUUUUCUUCACAAUAAAAUACAAGCCCAAGCAUUUAGAACUACAGGAAUUGUUUCCCCAAGGUCACAGCUGUGCUGUGUGUGGUAAAGUGAAAUGUGAAAGGCACAGACCUACUUUGCUGCUUGAAAACUACCAGCCUUGGCUAGACCUUAAAGUAUCUUCUAAAGUUGAUGCAUCUGUCUCAGAGGUGCUUGAAUUAGUGUUGGAAAACUUUGUUUAUCCUUGGUACAGGGAUGUAACUGAUGACGAGUCUUUUGUUGAUGAACUAAGAGUAACAUUGCGGUUUUUUGCAUCUGUGCUAGUGCGAAGAAUUCAUAAGGUGGAUAUCCCAGCAGUUAUAACCAAGAAAAUGUUAAAAGCAGCAAUGAAGCACAUAGAAAUGAUAUCUAAAGCAAGUCAGAAAGUAAAAAAUGCAGAGUUUUUGCAACAAGCUGCUUUAGAAGAAUAUGGGCCAGAACUUCACGUGGCUUUGAGAAGUCGAAGAGAUGAGUUACACUAUUUGAGGAAACUUACUGAAUUACUUUUCCCUUAUAUUUUGCCCCCAAAAGCAACAGACUGCAGAUCCCUGACUUUACUUAUAAGAGAGAUUCUGUCUGGUUCUGUUUUUCUUCCUUCUUUGGAUUUCCUGGCUGAUCCAGAUACUGUGAAUCAUUUACUUAUCAUCUUCAUAGAUGACAGUCCACCUGAAAAAGCAACAGAACCUGCUUCCUCUUUGGUUCCUUUCUUGCAGAAAUUUGCAGAGCCUAGAAAUAAAAAGCCUUCUGUACUGAAGUUAGAAUUGAAGGAGAUUAGAGAACAGCAAGAUCUUUUGUUUCGCUUCAUGAAUUUUCUGAAACAAGAAGGAGCCGUUCAUGUGUUACAGUUUUGUCUGACCGUGGAGGAAUUCAAUGACAGAAUUUUGAGACCAGAGUUAUCAAAUGAUGAAAUGAUGUCCCUUCAUGAAGAGGUGAAGAAAAUAUAUAGAACCUAUUGUUUGGAUGAAAGUAUUGACAAAAUUAGAUUUGAUCCUUUUAUUGUGGAAGAGAUUCAAAGAAUUGCUGAUGGCAUCUAUAUAGAUGUUGUGAAACUUCAAACUAUGAGAUGCUUGUUUGAAGCAUAUGAGCAUGUUCUUUCUCUUCUAGAGAAUGUAUUUACUCCUAUGUUUUGUCACAGUGAUGAGUAUUUCAGACAGCUUUUAAGAGGAGCAGAGUCACCAACACGAAAUUCAAAAUUCAACAGAGGUAGCCUAAGUUUGGAUGAUUUUCGGAGCACCCAGAAAAGAGGAGAAUCAUUUGGAAUUAGCAAAAUAGGCAGCAAAAUCAAAGGAGUAUUCAAAAGUACUACAAUGGAGGGAGCUAUGCUGCCUAAUUAUGGUUUAACUGAAGGCGAGGAUGAUUUUAUUGAAGAAGGUAUCGUCGUAUUGGAAGAUGACUCUCCAGUAGAGGCUGUUAGCACCCCCAGUACGCCCCGAAAUCUUGCUGCAUGGAAAAUAAGUAUCCCAUAUGUGGACUUUUUUGAGGACCCCUCUUCUGCUGACAGGAAGGAGAAAAAGGAGAGAAUUCCUGUAUUUUGUAUUGACGUUGAGAGGAACGAUAGAAGAGCAGUCGGUCAUGAAGCUGAGCAUUGGUCUGUCUACAGAAGAUACCUUGAAUUUUAUGUUCUUGAAUCAAAACUAACAGAAUUUCAUGGUACAUUUCCUGAUGCUCAGCUUCCUUCCAAGAGGAUCAUUGGCCCUAAAAACUAUGAAUUCUUAAAGUCAAAGAGGGAAGAGUUUCAGGAAUAUCUUCAGAAACUUCUGCAACAUCCAGAGUUGAGUAAUAGCCAACUUCUGGCAGAUUUUCUCUCUCCGAAUGGUGGCGAGACACAGUUUCUGGAUAAGAUAUUGCCUGAUGUAAAUCUUGGGAAAAUUAUAAAAUCUGUUCCAGGAAAACUAAUGAAAGAGAAGGGCCAGCAUUUGGAACCUUUCAUCAUGAAUUUCAUUAAUUCUUGUGAAUCCCCAAAACCUAAACCAAGUAGGCCAGAAUUAACAAUUCUCAGCCCAACUUCUGAAAACAACAAAAAGCUUUUCAAUGACCUAUUCAAGAACAAUGCAAACCGUGCUGAGAACACAGAGAGAAAACAAAAUCAGAAUUAUUUUAUGGAGAUGAUGACCGUAGAGGGUGUCUAUGAUUACUUAAUGUAUGUAGGUCGAGUGGUUUUUCGGAUUCCUGAUUGGCUUCAUCAUUUCUUGAUGGGAAUACGAAUCCUCUUGAAAAACACCUUAGAGACAUAUACUGAUUACUAUUUGCAGUAUAAACUAGAGCAGCUAUUUCAGGAACACCGUUUGGUCUCACUUAUAACACUUCUCAGAGAUGCUGUGUUCUGUGAAAACAGUGAACCUCGUUCUCUCCAAGACAAGCAGAAAAGAGCAAAACAGACCUUUGAAGAAAUGAUGAACUACAUUCCAGAUCUUAUAGGUAAAUGCAUUGGUGAUGAAGCUAAGUAUGAAGGUAUCAGACUUCUGUUUGAUGGCCUCCAGCAGCCAGUACUCAACAAACAGUUGACUUAUGUUCUAUUGGACAUUGUGAUACAAGAGCUUUUCCCAGAACUCAAUAAGGUACAAAAGGAUGUUACUUCUCUGUCAUCUUGGAUUUAACAAACUGGGAUCUGUACAGAAAGAAAAAAAAACAGUUGAAACCUACCAUACCACUAGUACAGAAGAGAUAUGAUAUCUUCUAUUCUUCCCUUGUAUAUUUUUGUAAAUAUCAUGUAAUUCAGUGUCUGAAAAUUGUAUUGCUUUUCUGUUUUAAUAAAGACUAACGCAAACUUAUUACUGAU